AUGUCGAUACGCGGUAAUGCAGGGUAUGGUUUAGGUGGGCAGAACUCAUUCGGAGGAGGACCAAGUAUGGGUGGUAUGGAUAAGCAGAACGAACCUGGUACUCUCGAUGCGAUCAGAGAACAGACAAGCAAGAUUGAGGAUUUCUUGGAUACAUUAAGUGAUCCUGUCAAGCCAUACUUGCCAGCCAUCGGUCGAUUCUUGAUUGUCGUAACAUUCCUGGAAGAUGCAUUGAGAAUAAUUACGCAGUGGAGCGAUCAACUAUUAUAUCUGCAUGAUUACCGACACAUCCCAAGCGGUCUUACACAUCUUUUCCUGAUCGUUAACGUACUCGCAAUGGUCUCCUGCUCUACACUUGUCAUCACACGAAGAUACUCGGAUUACGCUGUUGGUGGAUUGAUUGGUGUAGUAGUCGUACAAGCUCUUGGAUACGGUCUUAUCUUCGAUCUCAACUUUUUCCUCCGAAACCUUUCGGUCAUGGGUGGCCUAUUGAUGGUUCUGUCCGAUUCAUGGGUCCGCAAAUCAAAGGCUUUUGCUGGUCUCCCGGAGAUCGAUGAGAAAGACCGCAAAAUGUACUUCCAGCUUGCUGGUCGUGUCUUGUUGAUCUUCCUCUUCGUCGGAUUCGUUUUCAGUGGCACCUGGAGUGUUUGGAGAGUGAUUGUGGCAUUUUUCGGUCUCGUUGCAUGUGUUAUGGUUGUCGUGGGCUUCAAGGCAAAGUUCAGUGCUAUCAUGCUUGUGCUUAUCUUGAGUGUUUUUAAUGUAUUGGUAAACAACUUUUGGACUCUUCACGAACACCACCCCCACAAGGACUUCGCAAAAUACGAUUUCUUCCAAAUUCUAUCUAUUGUAGGAGGUCUCCUCCUCCUUGUCAACAGCGGACCAGGGAAAUACUCCAUUGACGAGAAGAAGAAGGUCUACUAA